GGGUUCUGUUGUUUUGAAGCCCUCCGUCCCGGGCAUCCUUGACCCCUCCGCUCUCCGCUCUCUUCUCUCCUCCCUGCAGAGCGGGACUCCUGUCGGGUUUUUUGGGAGCUCCACGGAACCCAGAAGCAACCAUGUUGGCGGUUUUGGUGUCGCUGGUGUCCCUAGGAAUAGUGGCGCAGCAGUGCCAGGCCAUAGUGAUCUACACCGGCUGGGAGCGCCACGCGCUGGUGGGCUCCGACAUCCGGCUCUCCUGCUCCUUCUUCUCCUGGCGCUGGACCUCGGAGGACGUCACCUUCUCCUGGACCUACAGGCCCGACGGCUCGCGGGACAGCAUCUCUAUCUUCCACUACACUGGGGGGGAGGCAUACCUGGACAAUAAGGGCCCCUUCAAGGACAGGUUGGAGUUUGUGGGGAACCCGGGUCGCCGUGACGGCUCCAUCCUGAUCAAGAACCUGGAGUUCACCGAUAAUGGCACCUUCACCUGCGACGCCAAGAACCCGCCGGACAUCGUGGGGCGUCCCUCCAGCGUCCGCCUGCUGGUUUUUGAGAAAGUUCCCAUCCAGGCCGGCGUGAUCACAGGAGCCAUCAUUGGCGUGGUGUUGGGCCUGCUGGUGCUCAUCGUGGUCAUCUACUACCUGAUGAGGUUCCUGGUGGCCCGCCGAGUCUUCAGCCUCAACGUCAGCAAACAUGGCAAGAAAAAGAAAGAGGGAUCACAGCAGAGACAGAUAAAGGUCUGACUUCUCCGUGACUGCCUCCACUCCUCUAGUCUGAUCCCUCCUUUCCUGAUGCAGCCCCCAUUAUUCCCCAUUAUCUCUACUCUUUCAAGACAGCACUGGCUGUAAGAAUAGUCCCACUAAAUCACUGGGAACGGUGUCGAAUAAUUUUUACAACGCUUCGUUGGAGACCCCCGCAUGCACUUAUUGGAUAAAGUGUAAAAGUGUUUAAGGCCUAACUGUCCACAUAACUUCCUGAAGGACAUCCAUUGAAUCCCCCCCAAAUGUUUACAACUCAAUCGGAGCACACGCCGGACUUCAUGGAAACAGAAAGCUCUCGGCCGGUAAGGAUGGGAGUUUGUUGCCGUGAAUGGGGGCUAUUCCUGGCCCUGUGAGAGCGACCAGGCUUUCUGGAAGGAACAGCUGCACAUUUCUCAGCAGAUAGCAGAGGAGGGGAGGGAGCAGGAGGAGGUGCUUUCACCGCACCAGACAGUCCGCUCUCGACUCGACGGCCACCGACCGACGACCUGGAAUGACGUCACGGCCGUGACGCUCCCAUCAGCAGGACGGAGUGCAGCUAUUCUUGGUGCAUCUCAUCCACCGACGGCUCGCUCCAAACCAACACAGGGCUAAUUAUUUUAGCUGCUAAUCAGAUACCUCCUCUCCUCUUGAUCUCUGCCCCCAUCUUGGGAAUGAUCUCCUCCCUCAAUCCUCUCCUUCCCUUUAUCUCCUUCUGUUCCAGUCAUCCGCCCUGCGUCAUUCCCCCCGACAGAACAGGCCCACAUACAAUCCAAUCCACUCUCUAAACCCUUUUAUCUGACUGCCAGCCUCCUGUCCUUCCUCGUCUUCACUGCCUUUUAACCCUUCAACAUCAGUGAUGUUUAAACACAAAAUAUCUCACGAUAAUUCCAGUAGAUUUUGAAGGAGAAAAGCCGCUUU